UGACAGCGUGUGUUGGCCGCGCAUGGAGCUUGGUCGGUGACGAAUGACGACGAGAGCGGCGCGUGUAUUAGAUGUGCGCGAUCAAGAAAACCGGCCUCUCUCGAAAUCUUUGUAACAUGCCUGAAAUAGCAGAAGUUGCUAGGAUCGUCCAUUUCCUCAAAGCCAAGCUUGUCGGCAAACGUAUCUCAACCGCGACAGCUUUGGACGAUGCCAACGUCUUUGGUAAAGUUGGCACGACCGGUGCAGAUGUGCAGAAGGCGCUUACCGGUAGAACUGUGAUGUCCGCUGGGAGUCAGGGGAAAUAUUUCUGGAUAACGCUCGAUAAACCGCCGCACCUAGUGAUGCAUUUUGGAAUGACAGGCUGGGUCCACAUCCAAGGAGAAAAGACAGCAUACACAAAUUACUACAAAAAGAUGAAGGACACGGAGCUCGAAGACUGGCCACCCAGAUUCUGGAAGUUUCAUCUGGAGACAGACACAAAACCUCCAGUCAAAGUCGCCUACACAGAUGCACGUCGCUUCGGGCGAGUUCGCCUGGUCGAUUGCCCCGGAGAAGACAUCAGACAGUACUCCCCGCUUGUCGAGAAUGGGCCGGACCCAGUCAACGAUCUCGACGUUUUCACCGAGCAAUACUUGCGAGACAAGAUGCGCGCGCGGAGGGUACCGGUGAAAGCCUUGCUGCUGGACCAGACCACCAUUAGUGGGAUUGGCAACUGGGUAGCUGACGAGGCACUCUAUCAGGCGAAGCAACACCCGGAGCAAUAUUGCAAUACGUUCAACAAUGAGGAGAUCAAGACUCUCUUCGACUCAAUCCGAUAUGUGUGUCAAACGGCCGUCGAUCACCUUGGAGAUUCGGAUGCCUUUCCCGAAGACUGGCUUUUCAACCACAGAUGGGGUAAAGGAUCAAAGGAGAAAGCUUCUCAGCAUCCCAACGGGGAGAAGUUGGCGUUCAUCACGGUCGGCGGCAGGACCAGCUGCUACGCUCCUGAAAGACAAAAGAAAACCGGCAAAGUGGACCCCAAAGCUGAGGACACAAAUGGCGAUGGUGAAGCAUCAAAACCGUCGGGGAAGCGGUCGCGGAAAAGACCGCAGGUCAAACUUGAAGACGGAGAAGAGGGGGAUGGUGCCGAUGUGAACACUGAGCUUGGGCCACCUGCCAAGAAGAGCAGGAAAACAUCCCCAUCUGAAGCUGGCGAUCCCAUUGGAAAGCCGUCACCGAAAGGAUCGAAAAUCAAGUCAGAAGCUGCAGAUGGGGCAGGUACUGCACCGCCGUCAUCGCGACGCAAGCCGAACACGACAACAGGCGCAACCUCGAUCAACAUGGUUCCAGAACCACAGCGUGGUGCGGUUGGGCGCAGAAAGUCCGCAAGGCUUCGGCAGUGAGGCAAAGCGGGGCACCAUCUUACGUGGACUGGGCUUUUAGAUUUAUUAGACAGUUGACGCAUCGUGACGGCUUUCAGGCUGCUUUGUCACGUUGCGUCGGCCAGCUGGGCUGUGUGGUGUAGUCUCGCAGUAGACGUGGUGGUCACAGUUGCGUGGUCGAUGAUGAAUAUGGACAUGUCUCCUCAAACUCCCACAUGUUCUUUGAGUGGAAGACAGCACCUAAUGUGGCUCAGUAGGUAUACUCCUACUAGGAGCUCGAGUAUCUGAGCUGGCACCUUAUAGUACCUACGCUCCAUGCAAGUGUCGGUCGUAGUCGAGCCCAUUCGACUACACUGGGUAACUAGUAAGACAGU